GCAGGUGAAGUGAGUGGCAGCGGCGCGGCGGAGGGGACCUCGGUUGGCCAAGCGGCGUUGCUACCCGGCCUGGCGCCGUCCGAAGCGAGAUGAAUAUAGAAGCAGAACAACAGCUCCUCCAUAAUGCUAGAAAUGGAAACUCUGAAAAAGUCCGGCAACUAUUGGAAUCCCUGAAGAAAAGAGAGGUUGCUGUUAAUAUCAACUGCAAAGGCAGAAGCAAAUCUAACUUGGGCUGGACUCCUCUUCAUCUUGCAUGCUAUUUUGGGCAUACCAGUGUUGUGAAGGACUUGCUAAAGGCCGGUGCUGAAGUAAAUGUGCUAAAUGACAUGGGAGACACUCCAUUGCAUCGUGCAGCUUUCACUGGACGCAAGGAGGUGGCUCUGCUGCUUUUAGAAUAUGAUGCUGAUACUUCAGUUGUUAAUGGGAAUGGGCAAACUGCAAAAGAUGUUACUCAUAACAAAGAAAUAAGAGAGAUGCUAGAAGCUGUAGAAAGGACCCAAGAAAGAAAACUUGAAGAAAUCCUCCUAGGAGCUGCAAGGGAAGGCGAGACCAGAAAACUCACAGAAUUGUUAAACAGGGCAAAGCCUCCUGACAUUAACUGCACAGAUCAACUGGGAAAUACACCGCUGCAUUGUGCAGCAUAUCGGGCCCACAAGCACUGUGCUCUGAAACUACUCAAAGCUGGAGCAGACCCCAAAAUGAAAAAUAAAAAUGGUCAGACACCCUUGGCUUUAGCUCAAGGAGCAGAAAUGAAACACCUCCUUGGAGGGGGAAUUGGGAAGGUGAUCAACAAACCUUUGAAACGAUAUGAAGGUCUACUGUGGAAGAGUUCAAGGUUUUUUGGCUGGAAACCUUAUUGGGUGGUACUGGAACAUGGUGUCCUCUCCUGGUACCAAAAACAGGUUGAUAUAGGAAAUGGCAAUCGACGCCAAGGAUGCAAGCACUUAACACAAGCCGUUUGCACUGUAAAAAGUGCAGAUGGUUGCCUCUUCUCUAUCAAGUGCUUUGAUAAUACAAUUCACAGUUUUAAAGUCCCUAAGAACAAUCCUCAGCAAUCAAGAGAGAACUGGGUACAGGCUAUAGAAGACCAUUCAGCAUACAGCACACACUACUGUAGUCAGGAACAGUUGAGUGACAAUGAUGAAGAGGAUGAUCCAGUAUCAGUUGCUGAGUUGCAAGAUUCACUUAAAAAAGCACAGACAUGUCAACAAAGACUAGAUAAAGAGAUUUCUAGUUUUGUCUCGUUGAUCAAGUCCUAUGACACUUCUCAAGGAAUGCCCAUUUCAUUUCUCAAGAAAGCUGAAGUGGUCUCCGAAACAUCAAGAGAAACUUGUGAAGCCCUGAAUACCUGCCUCAAACUCUUCACUAAGCAAGAAGGAGUGAGGAAUCUGAAACUGGAGCAUGAGCAAGAGAAAAACAAGAUCUUAUCUGAAGCCCUGGAAACACUAGCCACUGAGCACCAUGAAUUAGAGCAGUCACUAGUCAAAGGAUCACCACCUUUGAGCAUCCUUAGCGAGGAACAGUUCUAUGAUGCUGUUUCGGAUUCGGAAUCUGAAAAAUCACUGAGUGGAUUUGAAACUGUGACAACUUAUUCAUUAGAAGACAGUGUGGAUUCUAGUGAUACUAUAACAUCUGACAUGUCUGAAGAAAAAGGCUGUAACAGUGGAGAGGCUUUGUCAAAUGGCAUCAAAACACACAGAACAAGCUUGCCCUCUCCAAUGUUUUCAAGAAAUGAUUUCAGUAUUUGGAGCAUCUUAAGAAAGUGCAUCGGAAUGGAGCUGUCCAAGAUAACUAUGCCAGUCAUUUUUAAUGAACCUCUGAGUUUCCUACAGCGACUGACAGAAUAUAUGGAGCAUACGUACUUAAUUCACAAAGCCAGCGCUCUUUCUGAUCCAGUUGAAAGAAUGCAGUGUGUAGCUGCCUUUGCUGUCUCUGCUGUUGCAUCUCAGUGGGAACGUACAGGAAAGCCAUUCAACCCAUUACUCGGAGAGACGUAUGAACUUGUUAGAGAAGAUCUUGGAUUCAGACUCAUCUCGGAACAAGUUAGUCAUCACCCACCAGUCAGUGCUUUUUAUGCUGAAGGACUGAAUAACGACUUUGUGUUUCAUGGUUCCAUUUAUCCUAAGCUUAAAUUCUGGGGGAAGAGUGUUGAAGCAGAGCCGAAGGGGAUAAUAACUCUGAAACUUCUUGAACACAAUGAAGCAUAUACAUGGACAAAUCCUACUUGCUGUGUGCAUAACAUUAUUGUUGGCAAGCUGUGGAUUGAGCAGUAUGGCAAUAUGGAAAUAACCAAUCACAAGACUGGUGAAAAGUGUGUGUUAAAUUUCAAACCAUGUGGCCUUUUUGGGAAGGAAUUACACAAAGUUGAGGGCUACAUUCAGGACAAAAGCAAAAAGAAACUAUGUGCACUCUAUGGAAAAUGGACUGAUUGUUUGUACAGUAUUGACCUUGCUACAUUUGAAGCUUACAAAAAAAAUGACAAGAAAAACACCGAAGAUAAAAAAAACAAUAAGCAGAUGGGUGGUUCAGAUGAACCAGAUGAGAUGCCUUUGCCAGAUUCUGAAACUGUGUGUGUUAUUCCCGGAAGUGUUUUGUUAUGGAGGAUAGCUCCAAGGCCUUCAAACUCAACACAGAUGUACAACUUCACCACCUUUGCAAUGGCUUUGAAUGAAUUGGAUAAAGAAAUGGAAAGUAUUAUUCCUAAAACUGACUGCAGAUUACGGCCAGAUAUAAGAGCAAUGGAAAAUGGUGAAAUAGAUUUAGCUAGUGAAGAAAAGAAAAGGCUUGAAGAAAAACAAAGAACUGCCCGUAAAAACAGGUCUAAGUCAGAAGAAGACUGGAAGACGAGGUGGUUCCAUCAAGGCCCUAAUCCCUACACUGGAGGACAUGAUUGGAUUUACUCUGGGAACUACUGGGACAGAAACUACUUUAACUUGCCUGAUAUUUAUUAAAAUGCAUUGGGGAAGCCUGAGGCUAAUACAGAUAAGUCUUAAUCAGUUUUCAGUGUUUUCCCUUAUUCCUAUACUUAGAAAAAACUGACUUUUAACUAAAUAUACCAUUAAGCAGCUUCUACAGCAGCUGUGGUGGCACAAGAUUGUUCUUUGGGAGGAAUUAUUUCCCUAUAUUAUCUCCCUAUAUUAAGUAAUAUAUACGUAUGUAUUUAACAAAAAUCAAUUAUGGGUGCUGUACUUGGGAAAGCCUUAGCCACGUUUGCUGAAGGAAGCAAUACAAAAAAUAUUUGGUCAUCGGGAAAUGAAACACUUUUAGGUCAGUGAUAUCUUUGUUGGCAUAAUAGAAAUUUGAGAUUUCUUAUGAGACAAAUACCAAAAGCACAUUCAUCAAAUGCAAUACCACGUUGGCAUGAAGCUAGACGAAAAGUGGUCAUUCUUGGGAAGACUUAACUUUCUGAAGGUGAUGUUCCAUUAUUUCAUAAAAUACUGGAUUAUGGAUAAUGAGUCUGGAAAUGUUACUGGCCCUGCACCAGCCACCCUUCCCCUCUUUCCUUGAUAUAUGAAAUAGGAUAAACUGGUAACAUUAUUCAGCCGUAUCUAUUCCAUGUUUAGUGCAGUGUUUUUGAAUUUGCUCUUUCAUGUUUUAUUACCAUGCUUGUAUCUCUAAGGAAUUAAGAGCCAUUUAAAUCUUUAUAAGUUUAAGUUGAACUAAGAUGAAGUAUUUUUUAAUCUAACGCACUAGGAGAGUGAUGCUGAGCACUGUCAGAAGUGGGUGGAGAGGGGGGAAUGCUCCUAAGCAAAGGGAUUCUACUGCACUUGGGGCACUGGUUGCCACCAGUAAAUGUUCCAGAAGGAAGUGUUGUGCAUUUCAAAGCCAGUAAGGCAGCUCUGAGACUACUGUACACAGCCGAUUUACCCCUUUGUUUGGGGUACAUUAAACUUUAUGGAAUUAUAUAUUUGUAUAAAACCGAGUCAAUUCCUUAGGGCUUGCUGCUCUUGUAUAAUUUAAUUGAUGUUUGGAAGUAUAGUGUUAUCUGAGUAAUUUAAUUGCUAUUAAAUAAAGACUUUACACUGUCUCUGUA